AUAAAUGAUUACCACCGUUUCAUCGAUAUUGACAUGAAACGUUCAUACAUUAAAGAAGGUGCAGUGCAAUUAACAGCUUUGGAUUCUCUGCUAACAUCUUCACGAUACUUUUUUCUUUUUUCAGAUCUGCUACUCGUUGCUAAACAAAAAGCUGCGAACAGUUACAAACUAAAGGAGAAAGUUCGCUUAGAUCGAAUUUGGUUAGUGUCUAAUGAUUGUCCUCACUCAUUUCUCAUCGGAUGGCCAAUUUAUAAUUUCAUCGCUCACUUUGCCUCAGAAGAUCAGAAACAAGAAUGGGAAGUGCUGUUGCAGCAACAGAUUUUGCGAAGUCGUGCAAGAAUUUCUCCCAGAUUUACUACUAUUCCAGUUUCGGUAUUGAUCGAUGGACGAAGACAGGUAAUGAAGAAGAAAAUAGGAAUAUCGCAAACAAGCAAUGAAAUUUUGCAUGAACUUCUGCAUGAAUUAUCUAUACCAACGGAAGAAGAUGAAGUCGAGCUUUCAUUUGAUGCGGGGAAUGGUGAUUCCGUGACAAUGCUUCAAGGCCCUGAGUGUGUCUUCUGCAUUGUGAUGGAACACGUGAAAAAUACGGGUUACCGAUUAUCUGACUUGCAGCUAGAGAAGAUUGAUGCUUUACCGUUGAUUCAAUGUCGUUUAGUAUUAGCAUCUGUUGGAAGCACAUACUCUUCAACAUCAUCUAUUGUUUCCCAUUUUAAGCGUGUACUUAGUCGCUCAGAAUCUCGGCGUUUUUUUGGACGUCCACUAGAAGGUUCAUCACCUCCUCAACCAGUGCUAACGAUGAUUGAUCAUUUGAUGCUUCAUGGUGUGAAUGUUGAAGGUAUAUUUCGAAAAUCACCCAAGCAAAGUACUGUUCGUUUAUUAAGAGCACAACUUCAACGAGGUUCUGUACCAGAUUUUUAUCAAUUCAAUCCACAUGUUACCGCCGCUCUGCUUAAGGAAUAUUUACGAGAAAUCCCGGGAAAGCUAUUGUUAUCUGGUAACUUUGAAUUGUGGUCAGCAGCAAUGGAACAAACGGUAGAUCGUCAAAAGGCUGUUCGUCGAUUAUUACAGCUACUACCAUCAGCUCAUUCUACUUUACUUUCCAAAUUUUUCCGUCUUCUUCGAGCAAUAACAAAUUCUUCACAGUCUAAAAUGACCGCUCAAUCCCUUGCUGUUUGCAUUGCUCCAAGUCUUCUAGAAAAUCCAAAAGGAGAUUCGGCGACAAGUUGGUUACCUGAUUUGGCCGAAUAUCUGAUUAUCAAUGCUCCUUCUUUACUAGAACCAUUCCAAGAUGCGCAAAUUGCCAUCUCGUCAUCAGUUUCUAAUGAUUCUGGAUUAUCAGAUGUUGAUCUGUGCUUAGAACCAUCGAUCGGUACUUUAGAUUCAAGUUUGCUCGGUUCGCCAACUUCUACUUGUUCUUUACAGUCACCUCAGUUGGCUUCAAGCAAAUGGAAGAAUCGUCUAAUGCAAACCUCGUCUUCAAGAUGCUUUGUGAGAAGCAUGUUAACUGAAGGCGAAGAAGAAGAAAUUGAUACAGAAGUGGAAGAAGAAGAUUAUGAUAAGACGCCAGUACUUUCACGUGAGAACUCCAAUGUUCAAAACAAGCCCGUGACGUCAGUUUGCAGACAAAAGAGUAGUGAAGAUCGAGGGACAGUUGAUGAAGUGCCUUUGCGUAGUCCAUUUAUUUCUUCAUAUUCAUGUAAGAAAAAAUCGAUUAGCAAAGAUGAAAAUGUAAGUAGGCGAAAUAUAGACUGGAAGAUUCGACGAGAAUUCGGUGCUUCACCACCAUGUCGUAGAAGAAUUGAAGGAAGUCCAGCUUCAAUACGUCGCUCAGAAGGAAGCUCUCCGUGCAAAUCAAUGGUAUUACUGGAUCCAGGCAGUCCAACAUCAGUACGAAAAAGUUCAACAAUAAGUACAACAUCAGUACGAUCUGAUUCUACAUUGAAAACAUCGGUAUCAACGGAUGUGCCUGAAAGUCCCAUUUUGUUGCGUAGAGGUAGUUCAAAACGAGCAGAUAAAAGUCCUGUAAUGCAACGAAAAAGCAUAAAUUCCAUAAAUGAUUCAGGAAUUCAUUUUGCUUCACGUUUGUCACCUCGUCGAAAAGAAUCAGAAAAUUAUGAAUUAUAUUCACUAAGUACCAAACGAAUAGAUCAAGAGAGCAAUUCACAGUCGCAUGGUACACGUCGUAAAGAAUUAUCUCUUGCACAAACUCGACAUGAUUCGUUUUUAAGACGUCAUUCAGAAAAUAAUACUGCGUCUGGAGUUACAUCUAAUAUUAGAGAAAAUGUUGCUAGAAAAUAUUCAUUACCCGAAAGUAAAAUAUGGCAUAUGGAUGAUAAUGCUGCAUCAGCAGCAGUAGCAGCACCUUGCCGAAAUGGAGAAUAUAUAUUUCAAGCUGAACCAUAUCAAAUGCAAAUGAUGACAUCUUCCAUCUUUCAUCCUAGUUGUAGUAGUAGUAGUAGUAGUCAUAAUAAAUUCCUCACUAGACGCGCGUCAGAACGUGUCAAUAACACAGAAGCAGCGAUAUCUAAGUUGUCUUCCAAACUGUUAACAUCUAAAUCAGACUUAAAACCAAAUAGCUUUUCUGCAACUAAUAUCAAUAAUAAUUUAUUGCCAUGUUCAAACAGGGAUAUGGCAUUGGGAUCUGCUGUAGAAAGCAAUUGCAAUAAUGAGAGUAAAGUUUCGAGCAAUAAUUUCCGUUGUAUUUCGUUAAGUGAUUCUAUGAAAAUGGCAGGUAUGAAUUCAGAUCGAACUAAGCUCAAGCCAAUAAAACAAGAACGUGAAGAGGAAGCGGAAAAAUUGAAUGGAACAGUAGUAAAAAAUAACUCACAAACUCGUCUAGCCUUGCAAAAACAUAAUUCUUCAGCUACUAUUAGCAAUAAUAGAAUUCGUAAAAAGACUCGAACUAUUUUAAUGGAACCGUUGGAGAUUAACUGGUCCGUUGAUGAGAUACGAUCCAAAUUUCAAAAAGAUUCUGAACCACCACCAUUCCUCAAUACUAUUUAUUCUAGUUAUUCAUUGAAUUAA